AUGCCCGUUGGACUCACGCGACGACCACAGAACUCACCCGACGACCGUUGGACUCACUCGACGCCCGCAGGACUCAUCCGACGACCGCAGGACUCACCCGACGACCACAGGACUCACCCGACGACCUCAGGACUCACCCCGACGACCACAGGACUUACCCGACGACCGCAAGACUCACCCGACGACCACAGGACUCACCUGACGACCGCUGGACUCUCCCGACGACCGCAGCAGGACUCACGCGACGACCUCAGGACUCACCCGACGACCGCAGGACUCACCCGACGACCGCAGGACUCAUCCGACGACUACAGGACUCACCCGACGACCGCAGACUCACCCCGACGACCGCAGGACUCUCCUGACGACCGCAGGACUCACCCGACGACCGUUGGACUCACCCGACGACCACAGGACUCACCCCUACGCCCGUUGAACUCAUCCGACGACCGCUGGACUCACCCGACGACUACAGGACUCAUCCGACGACCACUGGACUCACCCGACGACCACAGGACUCAUCUGACGACCGCUGGACUCACCCGACGCCCGUUGGACUCAUCCGACGACCGCUGGACUCACCCGACGACCGCAGGACUCACCCGACGACCACAGGACUCACCCGACGACCACUGGACUCACCCAACGACCACAGAACUCACUCGACGACCUCAGGACUCACCCGACGACCGCUGGACUCAUCCGACGACCACAGGACUCACCCAACGACCACAGAACUCACUCGACGACCUCAGGACUCACCCGACGACCACAGGACUCACCCGAUCACCGCUUGACUCACCCGACGACCGUUGGACUCACCCGACGACCGCUGGACUCACCCGACGACCGCUGGACUCAUCUGCCGACCGCUGGACUCAUCCGACGACCACAGGACUCACCCGACGAUCACAGGACUCACCCGACGACCACAGGACUCACCCGACGAUCACAGGACUCACCCGACGACCACAGGACUCACCCGACGACCACAGGACUCACCCGACGACUGCUGGACUCACCCAACGACCGCAGGACUCACCCGACGACCGCAAGACUCACCCGACGACCACAGGACUCACCCGACGACCACAGGACUCACCCGACGACCACAGGACUCAUCUGACGACCGUUAGGGGUAGUUUAUUGUGA